GAACAAAGGCUAGGUGGGGAGGAGGAAUUGGGUAGGAAGAUCCAUUCCCAUUCCCAUGCAGAUGCAGAUGCAAUCUCAAUCCAACCAUUGGGAAGACAGAGAAAGGGAGAAGGAGAUAGAGAGAGAGAGAGUUGGUGGCGCUGCAAUGCUUAAGAGUCGAAGCUACUUCCACUACUACUUGGUCCCCGACAAGCACAAACACAGGCCCUGCUUCUUCUUAUCCCUUGCUUCUGUGGCUCUUAUCGCCGCUGCCCUUCUCAUCUCCGUCCUCUUCAGCAACGCCUCUCCUCUCUCUCUCCAAGACACCAUCCUAUGUUCCCUCCGCAACAGGCGCAUCAGCAGUGGCACCCCCACCACUGUCUCCUAUAACCCUGCAGAUACCCAUUACCGGACGACCCCAACGCAGCUAAUAGCGGUGCUCCACUACGCCACAUCGACGGUGGUCCCACAGCAAUCGUUAGAAGAGAUCAAGGUAACUUUCGAGGUACUAAGGUCUCUCUCUCCUUGCAACUUCCUCGUCUUCGGAUUGGGCCAAGACUCACUCAUGUGGUCCGCCUUCAACCCAGGUGGUACCACGAUCUUCUUGGAGGAGGAUCCCAAAUGGGUCCAAUCGGUACUCAAGGACUCCCCCACCCUCCACGCCCACAUGGUUCGCUACACCACGCAGCUCUCCCAAGCUGAUGACCUGCUCAGCACCUACAGCUACGAACCCAAUUGCCUCCCCGGCAGGGCUUACCUCAGGGGGAACCACCAGUGUAGGCUAGCCCUCACGGGUCUACCUGAAGAGGUGUACGAGACGGAAUGGGAUCUGAUAAUGAUCGACGCACCUAGGGGUUAUUUCCCUGAAGCACCUGGUAGAAUGGGAGCCAUCUUCUCGGCGGCAGUGAUGGCCAGGGCCAGGAAAGGCCCUGGUGUGACCCAUGUGUUCCUCCACGAUGUGGAUCGGAAGGUGGAGAAGACCUUUGCCGAGGAGUUUUUGUGUAAGAAGUAUCUGGUCAAGCAUGUAGGCAGGCUCUGGCAUUUUGAGAUCCCUCCUGCUGCUCAAAUUAAUUCUUCUACUGAUGUUGCUGCCAACUCCCGCUUUUGCUAGAUUGCUCCAGGAAAGAAUCAUAAGAUUCAGAGUUCCCUAUAGUAUCUUUCUUAAAUUUUCUCUGUUCAACAUUUUCUUGUGGGUUCUGUUAUAUACUACCUAUCUGAUCUUACUGUAUUCAGUUUAGAUACAAAUACAGAUUACAGGAUUCGGGGUC